UCCCUAACUGGCCCCGUGAGCUCUGAGACGUUCACGGAGCCGCUCUGACUGACUGACUGACUGACUGACUGUUGAACUCUCUGCCUGAGAGGGAAAAGUUGGUGAGGAUGCAGUGAAGCUGAGAAAAGUGCCAAAGAAGAAGCCACACUCCAAAACGUGUGCAGCGGUACACAGCUGUACUCUUUCACCGAGUAUGAGGAGCACCGGGCCGACGGAACGGUCAAAACAGUUCUUCAGAAAAUGAUCAACCUUGAACUAAAGAAGUAUUCCCAGCCACCACUUUAAAGCCAAACACAGUCUGCUGUAUAUUUAUUGAAUCCAUUCAUUGGUGUUCAUCAUACCAUGAGCACACUCCAGCAGCUGGGAACAAUGUCUUUCUUGAUGAAAAAGAAGAAGUUCAAGUUUCAAGUGCAUUUCACAUUGGAGGAGCUCACAGCGGUGCCUUUUGUCAAUGGAGUGCUUUUCUGUAAGAUCCGGCUCAUUGAUGGUGGGGACUUUGCCAUCUCGUCAUCCAGGGAGGAGGUGCAGCAGAAUUGUGUUCGAUGGAGGAAGAAGUUCUCUUUUGUGUGUAAAAUGAGCGCCAAUCCUAUCACCGGAGUGUUGGACCCCUGCAUCUGCAGGGUGUCUGUACGCAAGGAGCUCAAAGGAGGGAAGGCUUUCUCAAAGCUAGGUUUUGCUGAUCUCAACAUUGCAGAGUUUGCUGGUUCAGGCUCCACUGUUCGCUGCUGCAUCCUGGAGGGUUAUGACACCAAAAACACUCGACAGGACAAUUCUAUCCUCAAGGUAACAAUUGAGAUGCAUCUUCUGUCUGGGGAUCCCUGCUUUAAAACGCCUCCUAGUACAGCCAAAUCUAUCUCCAUCGGGGACGAGGACCCCACACUGCAGCUGGACUGCAAGGGUGAGAGCACUGAUGCCACAGUCCAGACUCUGGGAGGCAUUGUGGAGGGUCCUCGGGCCUUCAAACCCAGACAGUUGUCAGGACGCAGCUCAGGACUGCCUGAGGAGGGAGAGAGUGUGUCCAGUCCAGAUGAGGUCUUUCACACCGGUCACUUCCGCAGCUCCAGCUAUGCCAGCCAGCACAGCAAGAUCUCAGGCUAUAGCACAGCUCACUCUCGCUGCUCCAGCCUGACUGACCUCAGUCACCAUAGGAACACCUCCUCCAGCAGCAGUGCCUCCUGUGGGCUCGCCCACCCCCCACCCAGCCACCUCCCUCCACCCCCACCGAAGAGGCCUCCUCCACCAUCUGCAGCAGCCCUCAUGUCCAACAGAUCCUCUAGGAGGAAGAAGGACACUGUGGAGCGGCAGCCCAGCUGUGUGGAUGAUACUCGCAUUGAUGCGGAUGACAUUGUGGAGAAGAUUGUCCAGAGUCAGAACUUUUCUGACAACAGCAACAAUGAAGACAGCAACUUGAGACUCUUUGUCAGCAAAGACGGAACGACGGCCCUCAGCGGGACACAGCUCACUAACAGAGGAACGCCUGGUAUUUUUGAGCCGGUGGUCAUAGAGACUCACUGACAGCAACACAUCUCCAGCCUCAACUCUGUGACUGUGUGUGUGCACGUAUGUCCAUACAUGUCAUCAGUGCACACAGCUUGAAAUAAGACUACUAUGACAUAGAUUUCGAGCCUUUCUAGUAUAUUUAAUCGGGUGGUGGUGGGUGUGUAACACAAUAACCGUGUGUUUUCAAAUGGUGGACUGGGCCUUUUUAUUUGACCUGAAAUGAAGAAUAAGGCAGGCCUUUAUUUUUCAUUUCACUGAUGAUGUUCUAAGUACAUUUGAACACACUGUGAUGUGCUCCCUGCUGCGUUAAUGUUGUUUGCCGUUGAUGCAGAUUUAACAGCUCCUCCUACACUGUGCCACAUUAAAACACUUCAGCAGUGCAGGGAGAACAGUUCCUCCCCUUACAUUGGAAGUUUUUAUUGUGGAACAUCUGCAGGAAGUGUUGGAGUGUGUUGGUGUUUGGAAAACUGCCGCCUAGUAGAAUCAAUUAAUUCAACAGUGAGUGAGUGUUUAGACAUUUUAUACUAAUGCACACAUUAGUAAUCUAUGCUCUAAAUUGACUUUAUGUUCGUGUGCAGAUACGUAACUAAUACUCUGGAUUUAAUGCCAAGUUCAACAUCAGGAUCUGAAGUUACAUUUUGUUGUCACGCAUGUAAGUUGAGGGGUGGCACCCAGAGUAUUAGCAUCAUUUCUUCAUACUGAUGUUGUGUGGACAUUACAUUGUCCCCUCAACACUGUCAUGCAGUAUUUGAGCAAUGCUGGCUAGCUUUGUUAGCUGCCUGAUGCAGCGCAAAAUAAACACUAAUGUGUCAGGCCAUGGGUAGACUUCAGAUUUUGCUAAACAACGUUAUGUUUGACAUCCACAAAACCUUUUUAAAACAUUCACUGUAUCAUUCUGUUCAUUCAUCAUUUUCUGUACAGUUCUACAAGUUUUUCCCUCAAGAGGCUGAAAUGAAAUUCAGCCUCAGAAGCAACAGACAUGACUCUGUUAAUGUUAAUGCAUGUACUGUGUGUGCAGUACAGAUAGCAGUCAUUUCCUUUUGUCUGGGCUGUAAUUCAGUUUGAGAAUUCACAGUAAUACAAUAAUAGUGUCCAGUGGGUGUGUAUCAAACCAGUCUCUGCUUCAGUUCGGGUUCCUGGAGUCAGUAGCUGUCCACAGUGGAAACUUUGAAUGUAAAAAGCAGCAUGCAGCUUUGCUGACUGCCCGCAGUGACUCGAGGUGAUGACCGUGAACAAACAUCGAGCAGAAUCGAUUUUCACAGAACAAAUUUUGACACAGUCUGAAAAUCACAGGUGGAAAUAAGUAAUGUAAUGAUGGCCGCAUCCUGCUUCAGUUUCAGGGUCCAGCUAUUUGUUCAUGCUCGUUCACUGUCACGCUGUCAUGACUUGAAUAGAACAGAGCCAUUGUUAAUGUAAAGUAACAUGUGUCCAAAUGUCUGCUGGGAAAAUGUUCCGUGGUAGGUGUGGCAGCAGGUUAAACACUGCAGCUGGCAGAGAUGUGACUCAAGUCAUUUGUAUUUAACUUGGACUUUAACUAAGUCCAUUUAAUAUGCAAGUCAUCAAAACAGUGACUCAAGUCUGAGUUAAGUGAAGUGGUAAUUAGUCAGUUUGAUAAAACUGUGGCAGUUAGCACUAACCCUAUCCCUAACCCAGACUUCCUCAUGCUGAAUCCAGCCUUAAUAGCUGCACUUUACACAUGUGAACUAAUGCACCAGACUUUAUUUAACACUGUAGUGUUACUUUACUUAUAUACAUGUACAGUUCAGUUAUAACCAUUUAAUAAAAUAUGUUGCUGAUUUGAUAUUAUCCUGCGUUGCCUGUGACAAGUCACUGACUCAUCAGUGACUCAAUUUCAAUAAAUCUCUGGCUCAUGCAGCAGUCCUAUUUAGAGUUGUCACGAUAUCAAAAUGAGUAACCAUGAUACUAUACCAGACAAAGUACAGUAAUCCACAGUAGUACCGUCGUGUAGAAUUUCUAGUAUAAUAGGAACCGUUACGAUUUGGCACUGCGGGGUACCAUGUAUACCGUGCAACUCUAGUCCUAUUAGCUGUACAGGGAUUUACUACGUGCAGUACUGAAUAAGGGACCGGUCUGAAACACAUCCAGUGCUCAAGUGCAAAAAUUACUUGAACAAUACCCUGAAGACCAUUGCAUUUUGGGAAUUGUAGUGUAACACUGAAAUAACAGUGCAUUCAGGAGGGCCUCGCCAACUUGUAAAAUUGAACGUUUCAGUUUUCUGGAAGUAGUACCUGGUGUAUCCAUAUAACUAUCAUGAACACAUUAUUUACACCUCACAGCAUUGUCUUGACUGGUCCAGUUCAUCUGAUGGAUUUACCACACAAGUCAAAUGUAGUAAACGUGACUUCAUUGUGUUAAUGUCUGACUUUACAAGUUGACAAGGACCCACCGAAUGCAGCAUUAGGGCCAUUGAACGCUCCUCUGAGGGCUGAUGUCCUCUAGAACAGACUGAGUUAAAAUCAGCCUGAAACUGAAGCUUUUUAUCUUAUAUUUUGAUGUUAUUUUAUCACUGUAUAUAAGUUCUUAUUAUACCAUUUUGCACAUGUGUACUCUUUGAGGAGGAUUGUUGGUAACCACUAAAAGGGAAAUGGAGAUGGCAUGGUCUAAAAUAACAUGAAAUGUUCUGUUUUUAAAUGUCCUUAUUCUUUUCCACAUUUCAUUUCACUGCCGUUGUUCUAAAAACCUAAUUUGUUGAAUCUGUCAAAGGCUGCUUUCAGCACAAAGCCUAUGUUCAUAUGGCUGGCCAUAUGUAACCCUCCAUUCUCUGCACUUAACUCACUCUUUGAAUUGGAAUGCUCCUGUAAACUGAUCAAGAUUGUAAGAUUUUAUGGUGAUGUACUUGCUUGCUCAUAAAGUUUUUGUCCUUUUUCAAGAUCUUUGUCACAACCCGAGCAACACAUCAAGCACGCACAGAUAAGCCAAACCCAGAAUGCAAGUAUUUUAUGACCAGGAGAGCUUUUAAACAUACAUUGAAUGUUACAUUGCUGUAGGCUGAAUAGAAAAACAUCAAAACAAUGAGCUAAAAGAGGCUAAAAAGCAAUGUGGAACUGAGAGGGAAAUCCAGAGUUGGUGAUCAUUUGCUGUGGGUUUUUCUCUACAAAUUACCAAUUUAACACCUAGGUGUUCUGAUCCAUUGUUAUUAUUUCAUAAAGUGUUGAGGGUAGCAUUAAGUUAGAAUAUUUGAACUGUCAACUCAUUUUGGAACCACAGCUUAUGCCAUUCUGGAGGACCAUAUAGUUUCAAGAUAUUUAUUUAAGUCAGUUGAUCAACUUCCUGGAGCUAACUAUGAUUGAGAGGCUCAGAUUAAUGGAUGUGACAGGAAGAAUACUGGCCUCCUACUUGCUGCUGCCCUUCCUACAUUCUGGCAUCACACUGACUGCACAGCAUUAACCAAAAAGACUCACUGCAGCCAGAACUCAUUGCACUUUGUAGUUUUAGGCCGUUAUAUAUUUUUUUAAUUUUAUGAGGGUGCUGCAAUAUACUGUAGGACUGUAGUUCAUAGUAGAUUCACAAGAAAUUCCUGUUGUCCAUAUCACAGUGAAUCGCAUGCGUAAAUUCUGUCCCUGUCAAAUUGUGUAUAGAGCUACUGUAACAGUGAUAGUGUAGGCCUGGUGUUCGCUGUACUGAGGUCAGUCCCACAGCUGCCGCAGCACAAAGCCCCUGUUGUACCAGCUUACAAUGUACAAUAGAUGCUCACCCACAGGAUUCGUGUGUGUAUGUUAUGUCUGUGUUGAUACUGUAUGUGUGAAUGUUCCUCUGUAAUGCAUGCGGGACAUGCAUCGUUCGACGGAUGUGAAAGGAUGUACAUGAGAUACUGGAAAGCCUCCCUUUUAAGUUUGUUGUGCUCCAUCCAGCCAUACUGCGUGAAUACUGCACAAAUCAAAUGUGCACCAGUACAAGUGAAGUGGUGGGAAUACUGAUUUUUUUCUGCUGCUUUUGAAUUUGUCGCAUGAAAACAUAAAAACAAAAUGGUCCGGUGGCAGUCCAUAUUCAUCACUUCAUGCUUACAGUUCUCUCCGGUAUCUAUGUACAUGAGGUCAGGCCUUCAUAGUCACACAUGGAACCCUCCAAUCUAUUUUCCUUUACUUUCCAGACCAGCAGGCUGGUCUACAGAUUUGUACAUAUUUGUAUGUAAAAGCUAACAUUGUACGGUAACAUGGGACUGAAAUGAUAAACAGUUGUUAUUUACAGUGAAGGGUGUGGUCAAUAGAGAAUACAUCCAGUUAAGGGAACCAUUGUGUUGCUGAAUUGUCUGCUACUGUGAUUUGUUCUAGAAAUACUUAUCUAACCUGUGGCCUUAUAAAUUCUGAUUAUUCGACUAAAUGCUUUGUUUUCUGCAAUGAAAGGGUUUAUUUGUUCUUGAUAAUUUGAACUGAAACAGAAUCAUUGCAUAAUUAGAAUGGAUUAUAUUGUGUAUUGGUUUUAUUUACAAGUGAAUUGGACCUUUCAAAGUUUAGAAUGAUAAUAAAUGUAUUUAAACACUUCUUUUACCAUUUAUAUGUUAAAUAAACACCACUGUCUCUGUUGUGUUGUCUUCAAAAGUUCAAUUUAAAACUUAAAAGAGUUGAGAUUAUAUGUUCUAUUAAUGGCUGUGUAAACAACGGCACUGUUGUGGAGCAGUGAAUUACGAUUUGCAUUAAACAUGCAUACCAAAUAAAAUGUUAACGCCUA